AAAGGGAUUUCUAGGCGUGCGCAGCCGCUGGGGGCGGGACUUCCUGCCUCACCCCUCGGACGACUUCUGGCCUUUCCUCAGGUCGGCUCAACCUCUAAGGUUCCGGAGCGGACUUUCGGGGACCAGGUGACAAACUGACAAAGCGCGAAGGGAGGCGACGUCCCCACCGCAUAGACUGGCGAUAACGACUCGCUGACGCCACUCGGGCUGCUCCCCGCCGGGGCCGGAACUGGGACCGCGGGCUCGAGUGUCAGUUCUCCCACAGUCCGAUGGCGGCGGCCGCGCCUAGGAACCCGGCUGAGGGUGGUGUGACCUUUGAGGACAUUGCCAUCUACUUCUCCUGGAAGGAGUGGAGACUUCUUGAUGAGGCUCAGAGACAGCUGUACCAUGAUGUAAUGCUGGAGAACUUUACACUUAUAUCCUCCCUGGGUUGCUGCUGUGGAGCAGAGGAUGCGGAGGCACCCCUUGAACAGAGCGUUUCUGUAGGUGUGUCACAGGCCAGCACGCCCAAGGCAGCUCUGUCUUCCCGGAAGACCCACCCCUGUGAGAUGUGUGGUCCGGUCUUGAGAGACGUUUUCCGCUUGGCUGAACACCAGGGAAAACCAAGCAGCCAGAAACUGUUGAGGUGUGGGGCAUGCGCACAACGAUUUUACUUCAGCGUAAACUUUCAGCAGCAGCCGGAGCAGCACACGGGAGAGAAACCAUUCAGAAGUAGUGUGGACACGGCCUCUUUUAUGAAAGGAUAUGGAUUCCAUGAUUCAGGAAAGCCCUUUACCUGUACAGAGGUUCAGAAGGAUUUCGUGCCUGGCUCGGGGCAUCUGCAGCAAGAGGCCACUGAAACUGGAGAGAAGCCAAACACAAUCAGCCAGUGCAGGGCAACUUUGCAGAGCAGUAAAGGUCAUUACUCUCGGGGAGAACGCAAGGAAGCCUUAUGUUCCGAACAUACACAUGUUCGGGAUCAGAGUGUCCAACCUGGAAGUCCAUGUUUUGUGUGCAGUGAAUGUGGGAAAGCAUUCAGGCACAAAUCUUUAUUUACCAUACACCAGAGAUUCCAUACUGCGGAAAGACAUCAUGAGCUUAACAAAUGUGGAAAAUUGCUAAGGCAGAUGUCAACUCACACUGCACAUGGAAAGACUCUCACUGCAUCUAGGCAAUACACGUGCAACAAAUGUGGGAAAUCCUUAAGCCACAAAUCUGUGCUCAUUCAUCCCCAGAGAGGGCAUAGUGGAGAAAAUGAUUAUGUUUGCAGUGGAUGUUCAACAUCUUUUAGCCAUAGUUCAGUUUCGAUUAUACAUUCUGUUCAAACCUCAGAAAGGCCCUAUAAGUGUAGUGUCUGUGCAAAAUGUUUUACCUCUAUCUCUGCCCUCACUUAUCAUCAGAGAUCUCACACAGGGGAAAGACCUUAUGGGUGCAGUGAAUGUGGGAAAUCUUUUACCUCCAGGACUGGCCUCCAUUACCAUUACAUAGUUCACUCUGGAGAGAGGCCUUAUGAGUGCAGUAAGUGUGGGAAGGCUUUUAUCUCCAGAACUGGCCUCCGUUACCAUUACAGAGUUCACACUGGAGAAAGGCCUUAUGAAUGCAGAGAAUGUGGGAAAUCUUUUACUGAUACUUCUGCCCUCCGAUAUCAUCAGAGAGUUCACACUGGAGAAAAGCCUUAUGAGUGCAGUGAAUGUGGGAAAUCUUUUACUACGCCGUCUGCCCUCCGUUGUCAUCAGAGAGUUCACACUGGAGAAAGGCCUUAUGAGUGCAGUGAAUGUGGGAAAUCUUUUACUACUCCUUCUGCCCUCCGUUCUCACCAGAGAGUUCACACUGGAGAAAGGCCUUAUGAGUGCAGUGAAUGUGGGAAAUCUUUUACUCAUACUUCUGCCCUUCGUUAUCACCAGAGAGUUCACACUGGGGAAAAGCCUUAUGGCUGUAGGGAAUGUGGGAAAUCUUUUACUACUCCUUUUGCUCUCCGUUCUCACCAGAGAGUUCACACAGGAGAAAGGCCUUAUGAGUGCAGUGAAUGUGGGAAAUCUUUUUUCUCUAAGUCUGACCUCCAUUGUCAUCAUAGAGUUCACACUGGAGAAAGGCCUUAUGAGUGCAGUGAAUGUGGCAAGUCCUUUCUCCGAAGAAAUAAUCUCAAUGUACAUGCAAAGGUCCACUCAGAUGAAAGGCCUUACAAGUGUAAUGAAUGUGGGAAAUCUUUUAAGUGUAAGUCAGCAUGCAUUCAACACCAGAGAGUUCACACUGGAGAAAGGCCUUAUGAGUGCAGUGAAUGCGGGAAAUCUUUUACCACUAGUUCAGGCCUUCGUUAUCACCAGAGAUUUCACACUGGAGAAAGGCCUUAUGAGUGCACUGAAUGUGGGAAAUCUUUUGCUGACACUUCUGCCCUCCAUUAUCACCAGAGAGUUCACACAGGAGAAAGGCCUUAUGAGUGCAGUGAAUGUGGGAAAUCUUUUUUCUCUAGGUCUGACCUCCAUUAUCAUCACAGAGUCCACACUGGGGAGAGGCCUUAUGAGUGCAGUGAGUGUGGCAAGUCUUUUUCCCGAAGAAAUAACCUCAAUGUACACCUAAAGGUGCACUCAGAUGAAAAGCCUUACAAGUGUAAUGAUUGUGGGAAAUCUUUCAAGUGUAAGUCAUCAUUCAUUGAACACCAGAGAGUUCAUACCGGAGAAAGACCUUAUGAGUGCAGUGAGUGUGGGAAACCUUUUUCCACUAGUUCUGUCCUUCGUUCUCACCAGAGAGUUCACACUGGAGAAAGGCCUUAUGAGUGCAGUGAAUGUGGGAAAACUUUUACUGCUAGCUCUAUCCUCCGUAAUCACAAGAGAGUUCACACUGGAGAAAGACCUUAUGAGUGCAGUGAAUGUGGGAAAACUUUUACCACUAGGUCUGUCCUCCUUUAUCAUCAGAGAGUUCAUAGUGGAGAAAGGCCUUAUGAAUGCAGUGAAUGUGGCAAGUCCUUUAUCCAAAGAAAUAGUCUCAAAGUACACAGAAAGGUUCAUUCUGGUGAAAUGCCUUAUAAGUGCAAUGAAUGUGCGAAAUCUUUCACCUGCAAGUCAAAACUCCUUGAACACCAGAGAAUUCACACAGGAGAAAAACCUUAUCUGUGCAAUAAAUGUGGGAAAUCUUUUAGUCGUAGCCAUGCCCUUCAGUAUCAUCAUCAAAGUCACCUUGGAAUAAGGCCUUAUAAGUGUAGUGAAUGUGGGAAAUCUUUUGCUUGUAGUUAUUCCCUCCGAUCUCACCAGAGAGUUCACACUGGAGAAAGGCCUUAUGAGUGCAAUGAAUGUGGGAAAUCUUUUACAGCUAGUUCUGUCCUACAUGCUCACCAGAGAGUUCACACUGGAGAAAGACCGUAUGAAUGCAGUGAAUGUGGCAAGUCCUUUCUCCGAAGAAAUAGCCUCAAUGUACACAUAAAGGUUCACUCAGGUGAAAGGCCUUACAAUUGUAAUAAAUGUGGGAAAUCUUUUAAGUGGAAGGCAACAUUCAUUCAACACCAGAGACUUCACACAGGAGAAAGGCCUUAUGAGUGCACUGUAUGUGGGAAAUCUUUUAUCAGUCAUCCUGCUCUUAGUUAUCAUCAAAGAGUUCACACUGGAGAAAGGCCUUAGGAGUGCUGUGAAUGUGGGCAGUCUUUUAGCCAAAGCUCCAGUCUCACUCAACAACAGAAAGUAUAGUAGAUGAAGCCCUUCUGAGUGAUCAAUUAUGAAUUGUUUAUGUUCACUAGAAGUUGUAUUUCUCUUCCUAUCCUCUAUUCAGGAUUAGCAGAUGAUGUCUUUGGGAGGUAAUUUGAAUCAGAAUGGGUCAUGAGUGUGGAUGGAGCCCUCAUGAAUGGGUUUAUCGUCUUCAUACCAGUUCUAAGAGAGCUUGCUUCCUCUGUGUACCAUGUGAGGACCCUUUUGAGAAGGUCAUCUAUAAAUCAGGAAGUUGCUCCUCACCAGACAUGGAACCGGACCCUAUAGGGAAUGUUAGGUUGGCUAUCCAGCCUCCAGAAAGAAGUUUCUGUUGUUUGCAGUCACCUAGUUUAUGGUACUUUGUUAGAGCAGCCUGAGCUAAGACAUGUGAAGAAUGUGGGCAAUCUUUUGGCAAAGGAUACAGUUUCAUAAAAAUCAGAAAGUACCCUGGGUAAGGCCUCAUGAGUGAGGGGAAUGACACAAUUCCUUUUGCCAGUCCUCUGUCUUCAUUGCACACUCAGUUCACACUGCCAAGGGUGUUAAGGUAGCAGAGCAGGUGGUAUUUCCUUGAGUAGUGUAAUCACAGUGAAGGAGUGCCUUUGUGAAGCAGCCACUUAGCUGGAACAAACCUUGUUCACUUGAAUGCCCCCAGUGGAGUGACUUACCCUAAGUUCCAGCUAUUUGGGAAAACUUGAGGAGCUGUGUUGUGCUUCUGAUGUGUCCGGAGUCAUUGCUAGAUCGAAGUCACUGCCAGUUUCUGUAGCAGAAGUCAUUUCACCAAUGCCACCUGGCAGGUUCCCACAGUAUAUAUCAGUCACCACCCCAAUAUGCUAUGGCAAGCUGGUCUCUGUGGUUUGUCAUUGCCGAUAGGAAUUAUGGAUUGUUGGAACUUCUCAUUCUCUUCUCAGAAUGUGGAUGUGACACAUUGUUUAUCCACAGCACCUGAUCUGAGUUCUUGGUGGUAUCUUGCAGAGAAAGACUCAUCUUAGGGAUGUUACCAUCUUGUGAUGCCCAACUGGUCAUGUGGGGCAAGGCCUCGUCCAGAAGGAAGAGGCAAGAGGUAGCGUUCUGUGCAGCAACAUGGUGAAGUCUUUUCCUUUGCAGACCCUGGUGUGAGUGUGGUAACAUCUCAGAGACGAUUUUGAGGAAGUGGUUGAGCCUUGUGGACAGCAGUGUGGGACAUGCCAGGGGACCACUGUGCCAGGUUGGAGGGCUGGGUUGACGUGCAAGGAGUGGGUGAGACACCUGAAGGGGGUGGCACACCCAGCAAUGCUAUUUAGGUAGGACUCUAUGGGCUGAGUCUCCCUUUUUCACCCUGGACAUGGAUUUCCCACUGUGGGUCCCUAAGACAGUGACCUGCCUAUUGCUCUAGCCACUCUUUUCCCAGUAGUUCCCUGAGGGACACCGCACAGUCUAUGUGGCCCAGAGGUCCUUGACCCAACUCAUACGUACAUGCUGUGCAAUGGCAUGUGCAAGUCUGUGGUGCCAGUGAGGGACUCAAUCUCCAUAGUGAUUAUAUUUUUUGAAAUAAAUUGUUAAGGACAAAUUAAUAUCAGGCAACGAACCACAUAUCCAGAAAGCUUAGAGUACACUAAACAGGAUAAAUGCAAGAAGAAGAAAAAAAGACCCACAUGUAGGUGUUUUAUUUUCAACUUACUUGAAAUCAUAGAUAAAGUUUUUAAAGAAGACUGAGGGAAGAAAAUACCUUAGCUCCAGAAGAACAAAGACUUACACCCAUUUUCUCAGAAAUCAUGCAAGCAAGACAGGAGAGGAAUGAAAUAUUUAGUGUUGAGAGAAAAACUCAUCAGGCUAGAGUUGUCUACCUGGCAAAAUUAUCCUUCGACAGUGCAGGGCAAACAGCAUUUCUGAAAGAAAAACUAGGGAACGUUUUGCCAGCAAACCUGCCAUCUUAUUCCAUUUUGGGUGAUAUGACAAAAUACUACAGACUGGGUAAUUUAUAGAAAAAUAAACAUUCAUUUCUCACAGUUCCGGAGGCUGGCAAGUCCAAGGUCAAGGCGCCAGCAUGGGUGAGUUCUCUGGUCAAGAUCCUCCUCCUGGUUCCUAGUUGGUUUUUCUUGCUACAUUCUUCCAUGAUUAAAGAAAUUAGGGAUUUUUUUUUUUCAGUAGGCUGCAGGUCCAGGAUGGAGCCAAAUAUGGGGCUUUAACUCAUGAUCCUGAGAUCAAGAGUUGGAUGCUUAACUAAUUGAGCCAUCCAGGCACCCCAGAAAUAAGGGAUCUUCGUGGAGCUCCUUUUAUAAAGGCAAUUCAUUUGCCUUUAUAAGCCCAUUCAUGAGGGCUCUAACCUUAUAACCUAAGCACCUCCCAAAAGUGUCAUAUUUAGGGGUUAGGAUUUUUUCACAUGAAUUUGGGGAAGGGGGGUGACCAUAGGAUCUUGCUUGCAAGAAUUGUGAAAAGAACUUUAGAGACAAGGAAUGUGAUACGGGUCAGAAACUUAGAUCUACAUAAAGAAAGAGUAUUGCAGGAAGAAUAACAACGUAAAAAAAGUAUUUUUCUGGGGCACCUGGGUGGAUCAGUCAGUUAAGUGUCUGACUUGGGCUCAGGUCAUGAUCUCACAGUUUGUGAGUUUGAGCCCCACGUUGGGCUGUGUGCUGACAGCUCAGAACCUGGAGUCUGCUUUGGAUUCUGUGUCUCCCUCUCUCUCUGUCCCUCCCCUGCUUGGUCUCUGUCUCUCUGUCAAAAUAAAUAUUAAAAAAAAAAUUUAAUAUAUUUUUCUUUUUUAAUAUUAUUAUUUAACAAUUUUUAAGUAUGCUCCACACCCGACACGGGGCUUAAACUCAUGGCCCUAAAAUUAAGAGUUGCAUGCUCUGCCAACUGAGACAAACAGUUGUUACAUCAACAAUAUAUUCUGUUAUUUAUGAUUAUCUUAAUGUGUGUGUGUGUGUGUGCAGAUAUUAGGCUUUGAUAUUCGUAGAAUGAAUGAUGUCAAUGAUAAAAGGGACUGGAAGGAGGAAUUGAGAUUAUUUUGUUAUGAUAAGGUAUAGUAUCCUUGAAGUGAUGUAGUAUUUGAAAGUAGAUUUGGAAGGGCUCCUGGGUGGUUCAGUCAGUUAAGCAUCUGACUUAGGCUUAGAUCACAAUCUCACGUUUCAUGGGAUUGAGUCCCAUAGUUAGUCCAGAGCCUGCUUUACAUCCUCUGUCUCUCUCUGGCCCUCCUCUCCUUGAGCAUGUGUGCACACUGUCUCUCUCUCUCUCUCUCUCUCUCUCAAAAAUAAAAUCAGCAUUAAAAAGAAGUAGAUUUGGA